AUGGGCAGAGUAUGGAUCGUGGCCGUGGCCGUUGGCUGGUGCGUCAAAGGCGUCGGAAUGCAGGGCAGCAGGAGUGCGCGCUGUGUGGGAAGGUGGAGGGGGAUAUGCAAGGUUUUGAGUAGGAUCUGGGUUUGGGUUCGGGUAGCCAGCACUGGUGGUGGUGGUGGCAUGGGAGGCCAUGGCGACGGGCGUAGGGACUGGACUGCACUAGUUUAAAAAGUCAGGUUGAGACGAGACAAGACACCAGAGCUGUCGGUCGC